AUGCAUCUGAGCGAGAACGAGGGGAUCGAGGGCGCGCGGUUCGCGGUGACGGGCGGGCUGGGCUUCGUCGGCGCCGCCCUCUGCCUGGAGCUGCUCCGCCGCGGCGCCCAGGAGGUCCGGUCCCUCGACCUGCGCGCCUCCUCCCCCUGGUCCCAGCAGCUACUCGACGCCGGCGCCCGCUUGAUCCAAGGGGAUGUUAGAAAGAAGGAGGAUGUUGGGAAAGCUGUCCGCGGGGUGGACUGUGUCUUCCACCUCGCCUCAUAUGGCAUGUCUGGGAAAGAAAUGGUACAAGCAGGACGGACAGACGAGGUCAAUAUAAACGGGACGUGCAAUGUACUGGAUGCUUGCCACGAGCAUGGUGUUAGAAGGCUUGUGUAUGUAAGCACGUAUAACGUGGUGUUUGGGGGGAAGCCCAUCGUAAAUGGUGACGAGACGUUGCCUUAUUUUCCUAUCGAAGAUCAUGUUGAUGCUUAUGGGCGUAGUAAAUCAAUUGCUGAACAGCUGGUAUUGAAGAGUAAUGGCCGGCAAGCUAAGAGUAAAAGUACUCGUCUUUAUACAUGUGCAAUUCGCCCGGCUGCUAUAUAUGGUCCAGGUGAAGAGCGUCAUCUUCCAAGGAUCAUGUCCCUUGCAAAAUUGGGAUUAGCAUCCUUUAAGAUUGGGGGUCCAAAUGUGAAGACAGAUUGGGUCUAUGCAGAUAAUCUUGUUCUUGCACUGAUAUUGGCAAGCAUGGGACUUUUAGAUGACAUUCCUGGCAGGAAGGGAACUCCUGUAGCAGCCGGUCAAGCAUAUUUCAUAUGUGAUGGAGAGCCUGUUAACAGUUUCGAAUUUAUCAUCAGCCCCUUACUCAGAAAAUUGGGCUAUACGGUUCCUCGAGUUACACUAGAUACUUCGGUAGCCCUCACAAUUUCAAGAAUUAUUUUGUUCAUAUCCACACUGUUCUAUCCAUGGUUAGAUAGUAAAUGGAUUCCUCAGCCUCUUGUUCUUCCUGCUGAAGUAUACAAGGUGGGUGUUACACACUACUUUUCAUAUCUGAAGGCUAAGGGGGAACUUGGCUAUGUGCCAAUAACGAGUCCCCAGGAAGGCUUGGCUGCAACUAUCUCCUAUUGGCAGGAACGGAAGAGGAGAGAGCUUGAUGGACCGACAAUAUUUAUCUGGUUGGCAGUAACAUUGGGGAUGCUCGCUGUGUUUUCAGCUGCUUGCCUUCCACCUGUUGGUCCACUGAAAUGGGUGCUUGCCCUCCAUUUAUUUGUCUUCCGCUCAAUGCUGGUGAUUCGUCUCGUCCUUGUGGUCUCGGUUGCACUGCACGUCUUGGAAGGCAUCUAUGCCUGGUUCCUGGCGAGAAAGGUUGACCCAAGGAACGCUACAGGGUGGUUCUGGCAAACCUCUGCCCUGGGGUUCUUUUCCCUCCAGUUUCUGCUCAAGAGAGCAAGAGAGAGUAAGCAAAGGUAGCAUGACCAAAGUGAGGCUGGUGUGUAAAAUUUGUGUUGUACUACUUUACAUGCUGUUUGGGAACUCCAUAACAGUAGAUUCGAGCCAAAAUGCCACAGCAGAUGUGAUAUUUUGCUGUAAAGUACCCUUCUGA